UGAUUUCAUUCACUCAUUGAUGCCGCCAUUUUCCUUGGUGUAUCAAAUGUCAUAAUAAUUUUGUGAAAAUAAUUAUUUAUUUCAGUUUUUAUGUUAUUUUUGGCAUUUUCUCUCAAUUAUUGUGUUUCUUGGGUGCGCUUACAUUUUCCCUGUACAGGAUCAGUUUUAACAAUUAUUUCCUGUUGAGUUUUAGUUGAGUCGUCAUUUCAAGGAUCUUUGGGUUUCGUGAUGAAUUGCGAGGAUCUCGCUAAAAGAGAUGUGCGUGUGAAUGUUGGUUGGUGUUGAGUCGGAUGUCGGAUGGCAUUCUGGCACGAUGAGUGAGUCCCCCGAGGUUGAGUGGCUGCCGGCAUUCAGCCCCGGCCCGCCGCGGCACAACCCGCUGGGGCCCAUCCCGCGCUUCCUGUACGAGGACGUGCAGCCUCUGGGCCUGCAGGAAAACAACAACAAGGAAACUGACCACAAGGAAAACACCAACAAAGUCAUACAUGCGAAGCCCGCCUACAGCUAUGCCAGCAUGAUCCGGCUGGCGAUCAGUAGCUCGUCAAGUGGAAAGAUGACAUUAAAUGAAAUCUACAAUUACAUCUGCAAUGCCUUCCCUUAUUACAAAGAUGCUGGCAAGGGAUGGAUGAAUUCAAUACGACAUAACCUGUCACUGAACAAAUGCUUCAUGAAAGUGGCUCGCAGUAAAGAUGACCCGGGCAAGGGCUCAUACUGGGCGAUGGACACCACACAGAAGAUGGCCGAGGUCACGUCCAGGCGGAGAAGAAGUCUAAGGAUGGCGCCGUACAGUCCAGAGUGUAGUUCAAACAGCAGCAACGACACCGGCGUGCUGCCUACCCCGGACGCGGCGCCUACCCCGCCCACUACGCCCACUGACACCAGCCUGCCUACCGCGGGGAAUGAACCCACUGUUAAGGUGGAACUCGUGGAUGACGCGCUAACAGCACUGAUGAACGAGGAGCUAAUGGCCGAUGUCGAUAUAAGUAGAGAUCGUUCAUACGGCGUCCGGCGGCACGUGUGCGGCGCACUGCGACACAGCUCUCUCACGGACGACUACGGCAACUUCGUCGCGGCCCGCGUCGACGACUGCGACUGUCCGCCCGACUCGUCCGACGACGUGUUCGACGACUCGCCGGCCACGCCCGCGCCCAGCGCGCUGUACCCGCCCUACUGGCCGUCGGAGAUAUUAUAACACACUCCGGGGUAACAACGCAUGUAAGUGUCAAGCCUUGUAAAGUGUAUAGGUUUUUUGGCUAGGUUGGGUCGUCGGUUGAGAUGGAUUGGGUCGGAUUUUUGGCCUGCGUUGGAGGUGUGUACGGAAAUGACAGCAACGCUUGUAGAGGAUUCAUUCGUGGAUCUUUGAGAGUCCGUCUGUUGAAGCGCGGUUUCGGAAAGUGAAAUAAUAAUUUCAAAAGCGUAACACUAGAUUAAGAAGGAAAGGACUGGCUUAUAUCCAGGUAUGAUUUGGUAUAGAUGCCCAUAAAAGGUCUAAAGAGAGACCGCUUGCUUGGCAAAUGUAAAGGUGUAGCGAUGAAUUGGUAAAUAACGAGAUGAAAUUUUGUCCUCAAUGUGUUCAGUGAUUUCGGCGAAUUUAUAACGACAAUUUGUACUAACUUGUGCUAUGUAUAUACGUACUUGUUCAAGGGAAUACAGUGAGUACUUUGGAUAUUUUUGACAAUUUUCAAACAACCAUUUUGAUAUUACACAGGACUGUAUCCCCUCGCUUUAAAUUUUCAAAAGAAUCAGGGACUUUUUCCCCAUAAAUUUAUUUGAACACUCUGCCAGAACUUGUGAACAUAUUUAUAAAUAAUAUAAUUAUAGUUUACAUAAUAAUAUGUAUGAUAGUUGAUAGUUAGUCGCGAUGACUGCAUCAUAUAGAUAUGUAUGUGUAAAAAUAUAAAAUUUUUGAUAUAAAAUUUAAUAUGUUAACAUAAAUCCAAGUAAUGUUUAAAAGUGUUACUUUUUAUGCAUCUGUAACUGGUUUUGUACCUAAAUAUAAAGCCCUUAAAGCUACUUAUUAAUAUUACUUUAUAGGUAAAAGUACUUUGCUUAAAAAUAUACUAACAGUUCGGAUCAAUGCAU